GGUUAGGUUCUACUAUAUAGUGACAAGUGCGACAAGUGAAACGUGCUUCUGUUUUUAUUAGGCAUUAUUUUUGUUUGAAAAACAAGAAUGCCACCUCAAUCAGAGGAUGAAAAUUCGGAUUCGAAUCCGGAAUUUAAAAUAAAUAAUGAAUAUGCGAAGAAUUACAAUCAGUGGCGACAGAAAGAGGAAUUGCACAAAUUAAAACAGCGUUAUGGCGAAGAAGCAUGUAAUCUGGAUAAUUUGAGUGAUAAUUCCUCGAGCGAUACUUCUGAAGACGACGACGAAGUUGAAGUGUCGGAAAAAUUUGAAAACGACUUCUUCAAAGUACUGGCUUAUUUGAAAAGUGAAGAUCCAAAGAUUCACGAUGAAAAAAUAUCAUUUUUUAAUAACACUAAAGAGGAUCUUGAGGAAGGUAAAGAAAAUAGGAAGAAGAAAGCAAAGAAAGAAAAAGCAGUAACAUUAAGAGAUUUUGAGCGUAAAAUUAUUCUUGAAAGAGGAGGUAAAUAUAGUGACAGUGAAGAUGAAAGCAAACCUAAAGAGCAACAUGGAAAUCGUCUCACAUACGUUCAAGAGCAAAAUGAAAUAAAAAACAGUUUCAAAGCUGCUGUAGAAGAUGACGAAGAAGAUGAAAACUUACUGGUUGUUAAAGAAAAAACCGAAGAACAAAUUUUAAAGGAAGAAAAACGGAAAAAAUGGCUCAAAGGGCAAGAAGUUGAUGUCGAUCCCCAAGACGAAGUACUGAAACCAAUUCGAGACUUUUGGGCAAAUCCAAAUUUGGAUGCAGGUGAAAAAUUCCUGCGCGAUUAUAUUUUAGAUAAAAAAUACCAGGAUAAAAGUUCAUCAGAUUUUGAUCGCGAUUACGAUCAUAUAUUACAUGACAGUGAUGAAAAUCUUUCAGAAGAUGAGCAGAAUAUUGAGCGUCAGGAGGAAUUUGAGUACAAGUAUAAUUUUCGAUUCGAAGAACCGGAUCAGGAUUUUAUUAAGAGGUAUCCUCGAACAUUGGAAAAUUCGAUGAGAAAAAAAGAUACACGGCGAUCGGAAAAACGUGCCGAGCUGAAGAAACGAAAGGACGAUGAGAAACUGCGGAAAAAGGAGGAACUUAAGGAACUUAAAGCGCUGAAACGAAAGGAAAUUGAGGAAAAGCUAGAAAAGUUGAAAGAAAUCACGGGAAAUGAGGAUUUUGGUAUAAAAAUGGAAGAUUUAGAAGGUGAUUUCGAUCCGAAUGAGUAUGACCAAAAAAUGAAGAAAAUGUUUGAUGAUGAUUUCUAUACUGUUGCUGAGGAUGAUAUGAAACCUCAAUUUCCGGAAAUUGAUGAAGAAAUAAAUGAUUUUGAUAAUUAUGGAGAAAAUUUUGAAGAGGAAGGUGAUUAUCAUGAUGAGGGGCCUAAUUGUGAGGAUGAAAAUUUCAUCAUGGAUGCUGAUUAUGAUCCAACAGCAGAUGCUAAGACAAAAAAGGUAGACUCGAAAAAGAAGAAAAAGGGACGUAAUAAAAAUAUUGAACUUCCAAAAGAGAAACCGAAAUUUGAUCCUGAAGUUCAUUCGUCAUAUCAGGAGUACAUUGAUCGCUACUACGCUUUAGACUACGAAGAUAUGAUUGGCGACAUUCCGUGUAGAUUUAAACUCAGGAAAUCAAUUCCCAAUAAUUAUGGCCUAACGAUAGAAGAGAUUCUAUUAGCCGAUGAUAAGGAACUUAACAAAUGGUGUUCUUUGAAAAAAGCCCUGGAGUUUAAAUCGGAAGAAACUGAAAAGAACGAAAUAUUUAAAUUUCAACAGAAAGCUAAAAACGAAGCUCUUAAGAAGAAAAUAUUAAAAAGCGUGUACAGUCCUGAGGAGGAAAAUGAAGAGCAGGAAGCUACUAUUCCGACAGAGCAGUCUAAAAAGAAAAGAAGAAAAAAGAAGAAAGGAAAGGCAACUGAAAAUGUUUCGAAUCUCCCCGAGCCUUCUACGUCUGCGGAUAAACAAAAUAAACUUCAAACUUCAAAACCAGUGUCAACGAAAUCUGAAAAACGCAAACACAGUGAUGUUUUUACUGAGAAAACUGAAGACAACACAGCUCCUAAGAAAAUUAAACAAAAUCAAAAUAAAUCAAGUGAGACACCAGAAGUAAUAAAUAAUCAAGUAGAAAAAGUAGUACCUAGUAAGAAAAAGAAAAAAGCCGCUCAACAAGAAAUUUCUUAUGACUCAAAAUCUGAAACAAUAGUCGAAUCAGAAAGUAAAGAAAUUGUAAAUAACACUCAAGUUCAGAAUAAAAAGAAGAAAAUGAAAAAUAAAAAUAAAACUUUGAAUAGUAGUGUACAAAGUGGAGUUAGUGAAGCAGAUAGUAACGAGACUGCAAAGCAGACAGAAAAUGUAAAAAAGAAAAAGAAAGAGAAGAAUCAAAAUAAUAUUUCAGUUAGUGAGGUAAAAGAGGAAAUAACUGACAAUAAUAACGAAGACAACAAAUCGGAAAAAUAUAAAAAAAUAAUGAGAAAGAAAGAAAACAGAAAGAGGAAAUUGGAGAAGAAACAAAAAUACUUGAAGUUAAAGAAUAAAUUACAAAAGAAGGAAUCUAUUGAAAAUCCCUUAAAUGAAUUGAGUGCCGAUCGAUUGAGAGCUUUUGGAACAAAUCCAAAGAAAUUUAAAAAUCGUUUAAAAUACGGAAACAAGAAUACAAUUUCUUAAAAGCCGUGAUUCUGAUGAAUGAAUAUCGUUAUUGUAAAUCAUUAUUGUCAUUAAUUGUACAAUUGUUUGAAUAUAAUGAAUUUGUUAAAAAAAUAGUUUAAAUGUUUCUUUAUACGAAUAAAUGAUACUUUCUAUUA